GUCAUCAUCUGUCAGCGUAUUGGGUUCUUAAAAUUUUUUGUGUUGUUAAAAUUAUGAAAUCAUACUGUUUAAAUCUUUUAAUUUUAUUUACAAUCUUUGAACUAUGCAUAAGCCGGAGAUAUGACAAUUUCACACUAUUCAGUGCCACACCAACGGAAGAAUAUCAUUUGAAUUUCCUACAAAAUUUAGUAUCCGAAAAAUAUAUUGAUGUUAUAUUCUGGAAGAAGCCGUCUAAAUUAUACAACGAUGUGCAUUUCAUAGUCAAUCCUAUGGAUAUAGAACUAUUCAAAGAAAGGACCCGUCAUUUUAAAUUGCAAACACAAAUAUUAUUACGAGAUGUACAAAGUGCAUUUGAUUCGCAAAGUAUGAAAAAGUACGUGACACCCAAAAUAGAAUCAUUCAAUUGGGAGUACUAUCAUACAUUGGAAGAUAUUUACCAAUGGAUGUCUGAUCUAGCAGUCCAAAAUCCUGAACGUGUUGAACUUCGUACUAUUGGUCAAUCUGUUGAAGGGAGAGAUAUUCAAGCGGUUUUAAUUAAGAAAGACAAGGGUAGAGCUAACGUGAUCGUUGACGGUGGCAUGCAUGGAAAUGAAUGGAUAUCCACCGUCUUUGUGACAUUUUUAAUACAAAAAUUGGUACAUGCUAAAAACGAGGAUGAUAUACUAUAUGAUUUGGCGAAUAAAUAUCACUGGUAUUUAAUACCGGUUGUAAAUCCUGAUGGCUUCGACUAUAGUAUUAAACAUGAUCGUCUAUGGCGCAAAAAUAGAAGAAUAUUCAGUACAGGUGAAGGAGUUGAUUUGAAUAGAAAUUUUCAACACAAUUUUGGAAAAUACGGAACCAGUGCUAAUGUAAAAGAUGAUAACUACGGUGGUAGAGAACCCUUUUCUGAACCCGAAUCAAAAGCUCUAGCCGGAUUUAUAACAAGUAAACGAGAUCGUUUGAAAUUUUACAUCUCAUUUCAUGCAUAUGGUCAAAAAAUUAUAAUACCCUACGAUGAUAGAGUACAACACGUUGAAAAUUUUUCGGAAAUGGAUAACUACGCGAAGCAAGCAAUAUUAAGAAUGUAUAGAUUAAAUGGAGUUAAAUACGGUGUUGGCACUACAUAUGAUACGUUAGGUUUACGUGCAUCUGGAAGUAGUACAACUUGGGUGAAGAAAAGUUUCAAAACAAAAUAUGUGAUAACAUUUCUCUUACGCGACAACGGGAGCUACGGCUAUGCGCUACCAAACAACCAAAUCAAGCCAACCUGUGAGGAGACCUUGCAAGGUCUUAUUGAACUGAUGACAGCUCGCCCCAGACGUAUUCGUUCAGACUUGUUCAAUGCGGCCCAAAAACUUGAAAACAAAUUUGUGAUAUUAACAUUGGUUUAUUUUUUGAUAUUUACUAUAAUAAUGUUAAUAGCAUUUCGUACUGUUAUUGUUUAUUUGGUGACGAUAUUUCCAUUUGAUGAAUGCGCACAGAAAAAGUAUCACAACCAUACGUUGUAUCGUGCUAUACCGAUGAGCGAGAAACAUCUAAAAUUCUUCAAAGAUCUCAAUCAAUUUUAUGACGUAAACUAUUGGAGACCCCCUGGUAAAAUCAGCAAAUCAGUAGAGUUUAUAAUAUCACCUGAAGAUAAGCCAGCAUUUACGAAAGAUGCAGAACAUUUGGGCAUCUACUUGGUGACAAUCAUGGAUAACGUACAGAGGGCAUUCGAUGGACAAACAGUGCGAAGUUACGUAAGAAGAAAAAUGGAACAAUUCGAUUGGCGUAGCUAUUUUAAAACAAUUGAUAUCUACAAGUGGUUAUUUGAUCUUGGAAAUGAAUAUCCUCAGGAGGUUUACUUAGAGAGCAUCGGAAAAACUUUGGAAAAUCGAGAUAUUAUUGCAGUUAGGAUUCUUUUAGGCACCGGUAAAAGAAGACCUAAGGUGAUAGUUGAAGGUGGAAUACACGCUCGAGAAUGGAUAUCUCCGGCAUUCGUGACGUACAUGAUGAACCAAAUCCUUCAUGCGCCUAAAUCAAAUAAUACAGCAUUGAAAGAAAUCGCUUUUGCAUACGAAUGGUAUUUCGUGCCAAUAUUAAAUCCUGACGGCUACGAAAUAACUCAUACCUCGGAUCGUUUAUGGAGGAAAAAUAGUCGAGGCGUUGAUUUAAAUAGAAAUUUUGGGAUCGCGUUUGGAACUGUUGGAGUCAGUUUUAGUUCAUGGGAUAAUUCAUAUUGCGGGGAUCACGCGUUUUCUGAACGGGAAAGUUCUUCUAUGGCUUCCUUCGUGCGUUCCAAGAGCGAAGAUUUGGAAUAUUAUCUUGCAUUUCAUUCAUACGGCCAAUACAUGAUAAUACCAUAUACAUUCACAAAGAAACAUUUAGAAAAUUACGAUGAAGUGUACGCAAUGGGUAAGAAAGCAGCUCUAAGGAUUGCUGAUAAACACGGAACAGGAUAUACUGUAGGAACGGCUUUCGAUACCGUCGGCUACUUAACAUCUGGAGUUAGUGGAUGUUGGGUUAAGAAGACAUUUAAAGUUCCAUACGUGAUGACGUUUGAGCUUCGAGAUGAAGGAUACUACGGUUUCGCACUCCCUCCAGCAGACAUAUUACCAACAUGCGAAGAAACGAUGGACGGUGUACUGUCUUUGCUUUCACCAACCCAACGGAAACUUUCGCAAGCUAAAGGCGGACAGGGACACAAUAUUUUAGAUACAUUAGUAACAGCUUGGAAUAUAGUAUUGUUCAUAUUAGUACGUUACGGUUAGAUUAUGUCGAUUGCAGAUUUUUUGUAUUAUUUUCUACGCCUGUGUUUUGUAAAGUCUAUGUAUGCGUUAUUGCGAUUGUAUUAAUA